UUUCUUGGGUAGCUUCACCUAAUGUAAUGUAAACCAAACAUUAGAAACAGCUCAGCAUAAUACAGUACAGUUUUACACCUCUGCAAACUACAAUAAUUAACAUAAUUUUACAUUAAUACUUUCCUAAACUCACUGUUAUUAUCCUCAAGGCAUAUACUUUUGAUACAGGUCUUGCAUUGGAUCUUAUUGGACGGAGGUGUCCAAACUUUUUCCAACAAGGGCCGCAUACAUUUGUACAUUGAAGAUGCUAAAACCAAUCUAAUGUAGUUCAACAUAUGCUAUCUGAGCAAAAAAAUACACAUCUCAGCUUUGUGUGAUAGAUGACAAAGCAAAUGAGUGUAAUAACGCAUUAAUAAUGAAUUAAUUUGAUUUUUGCAAUAUGCCAAUAAAAAAACAAGCUCUUGUCUUAAAAUGGCCCUCGGGCUGCGCUUUGGACACCCCUGUUAUAGGAAGUUUUGCAGGUAAAGCAUCAUUUACCAGCUAGGUGGCUUGCUAGUUAUGCAAUUCAUCUCCAAUUAAUACAACUUUAAAACGUUGAGAUAUUUGAUUAAAGUUUUAAAACAACAACAUUACAAUGCAGGUACUGUGUUGUGUUAAAGUAAUGUGAAAUAUUGAAAUUUCUCCAAAAUCGUUACACUGAUUUGACUUCCUCGUUGGCGUGCCAGUGCGUGAUGACGUCACUAAUUAGCGACGCCGUAGUACGCACGAGCGAAAACAACCGUGGAUUAUCCUAACGUUCCAAUGAAACACACCCACACUUAAACUGGCUGGAAAAAAUAUUUUAAAAAAUAGGAUCGCAACAAACUAGUUUAACACCGGGAUAAGCCAAAGAGUAGUCGUCUAGCUUGUUGGUAGCGUUGUCAUUGUUGCUAUAGUCAUAAUAUUGUCGUUGUUGAUGCUAGUAAUCUGCUCGUGCAUUAUUAGCUCGCUCGGGAGCGCAUGCAGCAGAAUGGUGCGAGCGGCUCCAGCGUCUCUGAUGGCGGCGGGAGGGACCGACAGUCCCCGUCCCGGAGCCCCCUGCCCACCGCGACUACUCGGGUGAGACGCUUCAUUCAGGAGCGGCGAACGCUGCCGCUACCCAGGGUGAUGGUGGUGUUCUCGGCGGCGGGUGACACCGAGAAACCGAGCGAUGCCAUGGAUGCAGGCUCGGACGCUACUGAGGACGACCUCCGGAAGCCGGCGGCCUCCCCGGCGGCGAGCCUCGCCCGGAGCAAGCCCACCCGCUCUCCGCUGGACGCUGGGCAGGAGCAGGAGUUUCCAGACGUCAUCUCUCUGAAUGUUGGCGGCACCUACUUCACCACUCGCCUGUCCACACUGCGGCGCUAUGACGACACCAUGCUGGCUGCCAUGUUCAGCGGGCGCCAUCACAUCCCGCGUGACGCAGAGGGACGCUUCUUCAUCGAUCGGGAUGGAGCAUACUUUGGGGACAUCCUGAACUUCCUGCGUGAGGGCGAGCUGCCUCACAGGGAGCGAGUGAGGGCGGUGCACAGGGAGGCUCAGUACUACUCCAUCGGACCCCUGCUGGACCGCUUGGAGGACACUCAGCCGCUCACCGGGGAGAAAGUGCGGCAAGCCUUCCUUGACCUGCUGCCCUACUACAAAGACAAUCUGGAGCGUAUUGUGGAAAUCGCCAAGCUGAGGGCCAUGCAGAAGAAGGCGCGCUUCGCCAAGCUGAAAGUGUGUGUCUACAAGGAGGAAAUGCCCAUCACACCGUACGAGCGCCCGCUCUUUAACUCGCUGCGCUUUGAGCGCUCAGAUGGGGAGGCCAAGCUCUUCGAGCACCACUGCGAGGUGGACGUGUCCUUCGGGCCCUGGGAGGCAGUGGCUGAUGUCUACGACUUGCUGCACUGCAUCGUGGGCGACCUGGCCGAGCGUGGUAUCGCAGCCGAGCAGCAAUGCAUCGGCGUGUGUGACAAGCACCUCAUCAACCACUACUACUGCAAGAGGCCCAUCUAUGAGUUCAAGAUCACGUGGUGGUGACACUGGACCAACAGCAUAACCUAAUGCAGACAUUUCCACGAACAUCAUCCAUUCAGGGUCAUGGGUGAGCUGAAGCGAGAGGCUGGCUACACCCUAAACUGGUCACCAGUCAAUCACAGAGCACAUAAACAAGCAUUCACAUUUACAUUCACAUCUAUGGACAAGUUAGAGUCUCCUGUGAACCUAACAUGUAAGUUUUUGGAAUGCGGGAGGAAGCCCACGCACGGAGAUCUGCUAACAUGUACACACUUCUCAACACGCAUUUUGACCCUUGCAUACGUUUGUACGCUUCGCUGCUCUUUAUGUACGCAUUUCGCCGGUUUCUGUUUCAAGUUAUCUGACGCCUGGAUUAUGCUCUCCUGUGCUGAGGCGACCAUGAACGCUGACCUGCCAACAUGCACGCAUUCUUCAUACACGGCACGUGUUUUGACCCUUGUACGGUCAGGUCUCAGGUACGCAUUUUGUUGCAUUUCACCGGUUUUAGUUUCCUUGUUCAGUCUGGCCAUGCUGACCAUUAAGGCUGUGAUUGGUCGGCUUGCAUUACAUUAUUUCCUGUCUGUAUACGACUCAUUCAGAGGCUGGACAGCCCACCUCUGUAAACGCCUUCUCCGAUUUCGGAUUUACUGACUGUUCCCCUUCUCUAAUUACCAUCGUUCACUCGCUAGCUAACAAAGUAAAUAGUCGCCAAGAGCUGUGGUUGCUCACAGAGUUGACAUCACGUCAUGCGUUCAACCCUAACGAAGCGCGAUAAAAGCAGGGGUGUCCAAAGUGCAAUCCAGCGGCCAUUAGUAGCCCGUGGCUCGUUUUUUGUUGGCCCGAGACACAUUGUAGAAAGGAGAGGUGAGCUCAUAAAAUUUCCUCAAGGUUGGCAGGUCUGCGUACGCUACGCCAGAUCAUUCCUCCUCCUCACGCUUACCUUUUUCCUGUGUGUACAUGACUCAUUAAGAGGAACGCCAGCCUUCUCAAUCCCCACCUUCUCCAAUUUCGGAUCAACAUCUGCAGUAAAAGUGACUGAUGUAACACGAUUAUUUCCCAUAUAUAAACGGAUAAAGACGGCAUGGAAUACUCAUAAAACAUGCGAACUGCACACUGCAAUGUUGCAAUUGAGAUUUGAGCCUGGGUCUCCUGACUAAUUUGUACGCGUUCUCAGAUGCACAUCUCCUGUAUAUGCCUGAAUUAUGUCAUUAAUGCAUUAUUCGCUCAGAAAUGAAAGGAAAAACAUAUGAAAAUGCUUGCCAAAGGGGAAAGAAAUCAUUGCUUUGUUUCAAUGACCCCUCCUCUCCGCUGCAACAGGGUAAAAUGAGCUAAAGCAUCACAACGAUGUACACAUGAACCUCUUAUAUGCUUUACCAUUCCUGGAGUCUGAUGUUCACUUAUUUUACACACUUUCUAGUAGGGAUGGGCAUUUGACCAAUUCAUUAUUUAAGGGGAGAAUCUGUGGCCCCAUCGCUUCAAUGCAUAAUUAAUCAAUUUCAUGAAGGAUGUGUCAGUCAUGCUCAUCCCUGCCACAAUAACUUCACUCGUGCUUCUUAUUUAAAGCAACAUUCCGCUCUUUUGUUUAUUUAAGUAGUAGCUUCAGCCAAUCUAAUGUUGUGAAGUCGAGCUAAAGCUAAGCUUAUUGGACACGUUGUCCUUGUACUUGAUGAAGUGUGAGCACCUUGUGAUUUUAUAGCCAAAAUGUAUAACAGUGUAUUUUGUACCUUCUCACUAUAUUUAUGUUGUAAUAAUAGAUGAUUUGAUGGGAGCACUACUUGUUUAUAUUGUCAUGUUUCUAAUGAAUGUGUUGGCUUCUAGGAAGCUGUAGUUCUCCCAACGCGUGGUGGUUUUGUUUGUAGUGAAAUAAAGCACUGUAUUAUACUUUUAGGAUUGAUACUACAGUAAUGAACCACCGUA